GGUUAGAAUUUACAAAAAAAAAAAAAAAAAUAGAAAAACGCCGCCAAUGGUACAACUGAAGAACUAAGUAUCUGGGAUAUAGUUUUUUCUUUUGUGUGUGUGUGACUGUGUGCAUAUAUAUAUUUUAUUAUUUUAUUAUUAUUUUUUUUUAUAUACAACAAGACAGCUCUGACAUGACGUAAAUAGACGUCAAGAACUUAAUAAAAGUAGUAUGGUGCUCCAAUUUUGAACAAAAAAUUUUCAAAGUCAAAAUUGAAUUCACGUACAGAUAUAUAUAUUAAAAAAAAAAAAACAUUAUUAUUUUUAAGUAUUAAGUAAGAUGGAAAUAUAUGAAAAUAUAUUUCUUAAAUUUAUUUAUAAAAUAUAGUAUUUAAAAUAUACAGUAUUAAAAAAAUACACGUGUGUGUGACAUUUUGGUUUAUUAACAUGUAAAUUUAAUUGCAUUUAUAAACAAUAAUAUAAUAUUUAUUUUAUAUAAAAAUAAAUAAAGUUUGGAAUGACGCUUGAAAUUUAUUUAAACAGGAGCCAUUAACAAUAAAUAUCAUGAAAAAUAGUUGCUACAAAAUUGUACCAAUUCAUCAACGACCUGAUUUAUUUUUGGAUUGUUGUAAUCUCAUAAAUGCUGAAUGGCCUUCCAGCAAUACAAGACGCUUACGAACAUUGGGAAUGUCAUGUGAUAAUUUUCCAACAUGUCUUGUAUUGUUAAACAAUGAUAAAGUUAUUGGACAUUGUAAAAUUUCACUUGUACCAAAUCUCAGUGACAGUUGUUUCAUUGAAUCAGUUGUUAUUGAUUAUGAAUGGAGAUCACAAGGUUUGGGUUCAUCAUUAUUACGUGGAACAGAAGAAUAUAUAUUAAGUAAAGGCUUAAAAAAUAUUUAUUUAGCAACAAAAGGACAAGAAGUUUUUUAUAUUAAAAAUGGUUAUAGAAUAUGUGAACCAAUUAAUUUAUUUAAUUGUGGUUAUGUUGCUGAUAAUAUUGUUGAUGAAGAAAAAAAAAUUACAACUAAAAUUGGACAAUUUUCUUCAGGUCCAACGCCACCACCUCUUCCAAAAAUUAAAUUGCCAAUUAAUAACAAAGUUAUAACUACAAAAACAUAUAUGAUUAAAAAUUUUUAACAAAUAUAUAUUUUUUCAAUUGAAAAGAAUACAAAAAAAAAAAAAAAACGAAUUAAAUCAACAUUAU